AUGAACUCCAAUCUUCGUGAGGCCCAUUCUACCCCGUAUAUUCUGAAAGAAAGUAAGUUUUCAUUAGUUUACAGUUAUGUUCUUGUUUUUUCUGCUUCAAAAUUACUGCGCUUUAACAAAAUUAUUUUUGAAAAGGUGAUAAUUAGGGCAAGUACAAGAUAUAAAAGGCUUUUCAACGGAAUUGUUUACCGAACGUGAAUUUCCUUACAGAAUUUCAUCUAUUUACCCAUUCUUUACGUUUUCUCACUGCCUCAAUCUUUUGUUGCGCAACAAAUCAUUUUGAAUUAUGAUCAUUCCAGUUGACGAAAAGGAGAACUCAACACAUUCUCAGUCUAAUUCAAGUCGAGAUGUGAACACAAAAUCAGCAUUAGAUCGUGUUCAAUUCAACACUGGCUGUUCGAGUUCUUCGAGUGACUUGACUAAAUUUAUGGAAUUCUACAAUGAUUCCGCAGAUCAGGAUGUUGUAGAUGGGUGGAUGGAAGUGUACCAGCAACAAAAGAAUGGACCUGUGCAUCAGAAUUCGGGCACAUCGGACGAGGACACCAGAAGAAGUCACAAUACAUUGUACAGUGAUUCAACGGAGAGUCUCAGUCAUCCCACAUCAUCUAGGGAACCCAAGGCAGAAUCCCAAUGCUCGAUGCAGAAGAGGUCCGUCAAUAGAUCCAUGGACGUCUUGCCCACCAUUAAUGAAGGCUUUUAUGCUCUCGGUGAGCCACGCUUACUUUUGGGCAAUUCUUGAUUGUUUUUAAUACUAUAUAAAUAAUUUCAGAAAAGUGUGUAUCAGUGGAAUUCUCCCCGAAACAAAUGAUUCCUCCUUCGAGGUUGUGUCGAUCCAAAGAGAUGCCAAACAUAGCGGAUGUAGACGAUUACGAAUAA